GCUGAAUUGUGCGUUGAACCGUGCAUCGAUUUGUGUAAUAAUUGUGCGGUUCGGUGCGCGUUGAAUUGUGUGUUGAAUUGCGCAUCGAAUUGCGCGUUCAACUGCAUGCUCUGGUGCGCGUUGAAUUGCGCGUUGAAUUGCACGUUUAAUUGCAUGUCGAGUUGUGUGGUGGGUUGCCCGUUAAAACGCGCGAGUCGACGCAUGUCAAAUUGCGCAGUGCGGUGCACUUCACAAAAUGCCGUACAGCCUACACGGACAACGUUGGACAAGCACUGCACAGUUCAGUGCGCGUCAAAUUGCGUGGUUCGGUGUACGUUAAAUUGUGCGUUGAAUUGCAUGUUUAAUUGCAUGUCGAGUUGUGUGGUGGGUUGCGCGUUAAAAUGCGCGAGUCGGCGCAUGUCAAAUUGCGCAGUGCGGUGCAGCCAAUGUUUUGCGAUUUGC